AUAAGUUACUUCAUCAAAGAAGAUUUGAUAAACCAGUCAUCGUCAAAGAAACGUGGUCCAGAUGGAGUAAAUAAGCUGCGAAUCAGCAAGAAAACCCUAAAUCACGCUGAGAAGAUGAUCAAAGGAGCUUUGACAGAACUCUACAAAGGGUUAAAUUAUCUCAAAACUUACAGAAACUUGAACAUGUUAGCCUUCAUGAAAAUUCUCAAAAAGUUCGAUAAGGUUACUGGAAAACAAAUCCUUCCGAUAUAUCUCAAAGUGGUGGAAAAUUCUUACUUCAAUAGCUCAGACAAGGUGAUAAACCUAUCAGACGAAGUUGAAGAAUUGUUCAUCAAGAACUUCGCAGGAGAAAAUCGUAGAAAGGCAAUGAAAUAUCUGAAACCGCACCAUCGUAAAGAGUCUCACUCUGUCACCUUCUUCAUUGGUCUAUUCACUGGUUGCUUUGUUGCUCUUCUUGCUGGCUACAUCAUUGUGGCUCAUCUGACUGGUAUGUACAAAAGACACACCGAGAACACUUUCUACAUGGAAACUGCAUAUCCUGUACUAAGCAUGUUUGGACUCUUAUUUCUGCACUUAUUCUUAUACGGUUGCAACAUAUUUAUGUGGCGAAAAGCGAGGAUAAACUAUAGUUUCAUCUUCGAACUUGGGUCCAAAAAUGAGCUCAAGUUUAGAGAUGUUUUCUUGAUAUGUACAGCUUCAAUGUCUGUGAUAGCCGGCGUCAUGUUUGUUCAUCUCUUGCUUCUUGCAAAAGGUUACUCAUUUGGACAAGUUCAAGCGAUCCCUGGCCUUCUAUUACUGGUCUUCUUCUUAAUACUGAUUUGUCCCUUGAACAUUUUCUACAAAUCAAGCCGUUACCGGUUUAUAUCAGUCACCAGAAACAUUGUAUUUUCACCUCUUUACAAAGUCGUGAUGCUCGAUUUCUUUAUGGCUGAUCAACUUUGCAGCCAGGUACCUAUGCUAAGGAACCUGGAAUACAUAGUCUGCUACUAUAUAACCGGUAGCUACACAACACAGGACUAUGGAUAUUGUAUGAGAGUCGAGUACUACAGAGAUCUUGCCUAUGCAGUUUCCUUCCUCCCAUACUACUGGAGAGCAAUGCAGUGUGCAAGGAGGUGGUUUGACGAAGGCGAGACAAGCCACUUAGUGAACCUAGGGAAGUAUGUAUCAGCGAUGUUAGCGGCUGGAACCAAAUUGGCUUACGAGAAAGAGAGGAGCAUUGGUUGGCUCUGCCUUGUGGUGGCUAUGUCAAGUAUAGCCACCGUUUACCAAUUGUAUUGGGACUUUGUAAAGGAUUGGGGUUUAUUCCAACAUAAUUCCAACAACCCUUGGCUUAGGAACCAACUCAUGCUUCGCCAAAAAUCUAUUUACUACUUCUCUAUGGUUUUAAAUCUUGUUCUAAGGCUGGCAUGGCUACAAACAGUUGUGCACUCAAGUUUUGAGCAUGUGGAUUAUAGAGUGACAGGAUUGUUCUUGGCUGCUCUUGAAGUCAUCAGGAGAGGACACUGGAACUUUUACCGAUUGGAGAAUGAGCAUCUAAAUAAUGCGGGGAAGUUUCGAGCUGUAAAGACAGUGCCACUUCCUUUCAGAGAAGUUGAUGAAGAGGACUGAUAUAAUGGAGUCAAUAACCAUUAAUUACUAUUAGCUUUGUCAGAGAUUUGAAAGAACAAGAGAAGAAAGAAUGUUCUUUCUUGAUCAACCAUAUUUUGUGAUCUGAUCAAAGAGUCUAUU